UAUUUGGUUCUUCGAAAGAAGUAACCGCAAGGCGCAAUCACUGCUGCUAAGUUGAGUCAUAAUUAGUUUUAUUUAAUGCUUUGUUAAGAGUAUUUAUCAGUAUGAAAUGAAAACUUUCUUAAUACUUUGCAAUACUAAUUUGCUUUUAGAGUACAAUUAUUAAUAUCAUUCCUACGUGUAACACUUCAAAGAGUGAUAAGCUUUUUAAAGUAUGUAUGUAUUCACUACAAUUAUUUUGCACAAGUAUACUAGUCAAAAGUAAUACAAAGUAUUACAUAAGGUGAUUAAGACACGUUAGAAGUUAUACGAAAAUAAAAACAGGGUAUUUGUAAAAUAUCAUACAACCAAAAACAUGAGCACAAAAUUUCUAUUUAUUGAAUCAAUGAAUAUUUUGAGUACGAUACCUCAAUAUCAUACGUUACUAGAAAUAUUCGUAAUUCUGUGGCUUAUUUGGUUUAUUAGUAAGAGAUAUUUCAGUCGAGAUAGAACAUUAACUGAAGAUGAAAUAGAAAGGAAACUUGCGGAAUGGAAUCCUGAACCUCUCAUAAAUAAUCCACAGAUGAAUCAUAUAUCUUUGAAUCCAAGAUGCAUAACAUCUAGAGCUGGUAAAAGAAUAGUGGUAGAUGGGAAAGAUUGCUUGAAUUUAGGUACACACAAUUACCUAGGUUUAACUGAAAAUAAUGAAAUAGAAAAGGAUGCAAUAGCAGCAAUAAGAAAGUAUGGAGUUGGUUCUUGUGGUCCACGUGGAUUUUAUGGUACUGUGGAUGUUCAUCUUGAAUUAGAAGAACGUUUAGCAGAUUAUACAGAUACAGAAGAAGCAGUUGUAUAUUCAUAUGGAUUUAGUACAAUUGCAUCUGCAAUUGCAGCUUAUUGUAAACGCAGGGAUCUUAUAUUUGUAGAUGAACAAGCAAAUUUUGCUAUACAGAAAGGAUUAGAUGCAACUAAGGCUAAUAUUACUUAUUUUAAACAUAAUGAUGUAAAUGAUCUUAGUAAUUUAUUGAUGAAACAAGCAAAAAUUGAUGAACAAAAUCUUAAAAAGGCAGCUAAAAUCAAACGCUUUCUAAUAGUUGAGGGUAUUUAUAUGAAUACUGGAAAUAUCUGUCCACUACCAGAAUUGGUUGCACUCUGUAGGCGAUAUAAAAUAAGGAUAUUUAUUGAUGAAUCAAUAUCAUUUGGAACCCUUGGUAAACAUGGGAAAGGUAUCACUGAACACUUUGAUGUUCCUAAAUGUGAAAUUGAUAUGAUUAUGGGUUCUCUGGAUUGGGCAAUGGGGUCUAUUGGAGGUUUCUGUGUAGGCACAUCAUUUAUUAUUGAACACCAACGCUUAUCUGGUCUUGGAUAUUGUUUUUCUGCAUCUUUACCACCUCUUUUAACAACUGCUGCUAUUACUUCUUUAAAUAUUAUGAAAAAUAAUCCACAGCUAUUUAGAUCAUUAAGAGAUAAUUGCAUAGCCAUAAAUGAGGGACUGCAAAAAAUUCAUUGCCUGGAAUGUUCAAGUUUCCCAGAAUCCCCAGUAAAACAUGUAUAUUUAAAGAAUAAGAAAGACCGCGCUACAGAAGAAAAAUUGCUUUCUAAAAUCUCUGAUAAAUGUAUUGAAAAUAAUUUAGCAGUCAUAACUCCUGCCUAUUUAGAAGCAGAGAAAAAUAUACCUAGGCCUAGUCUUAGGCUUUGUGUUUCUACACUUCUCAACAAAAGUGACAUUGAUUUUGCAGUGAAUGUAUUGAAAAACUGCGCUGAAGAAAUACUAUCAGUAUAAUUGAAAGUAAAAGAAAAAAUUUUAAACCAGUGUUUUAAAAUUAAUAUAUGUUUUACACAUGAAUUAUUUUUCUCUAUCAAUAUAUGAUUGAUUAUAUAUU